AUGUUCACCGUGCUGACGCGCCAGCCCUGUGAGCAAACAGGGUUCAAGGCACUCUCUCGGACACCAGCCAUCAUUGCCCUGGCUGUCUUGCUUGUGAGCAUCGUGGUGCUUGUGACUAUCACACUCAUCCAGGUCCACCAGAAAGAAAUCCUCACUCCAGGACUGAAGUAUGGAAUCGUGCUGGAUGCUGGGUCUUCCAGAACAACGGUCUACAUGUAUCAGUGGCCAGCAGAGAAGGAGAAUAAUACCGGAGUGGUCAGUCAAACCUUCAGAUGUAGUGUGAAAGGUUCUGGGAUCUCCAGCUAUGCGAAUAACCCCGAGGAUGUCCCCAAAGCCUUCGAGGAUUGUAUGCAGAAAGUCAAGGAGCAGCUUCCCGCCCACCUCCACGCAUCCACCCCCAUUCACCUGGGAGCCACGGCUGGGAUGCGGCUGCUGAGGUUGCAAAAUGAAACAGCAGCUAAUGGAGUCCUUGCAAGCAUCCAAAACUACUUCAAGUCCCAGCCCUUUGAUUUUAGGGGUGCUCAAAUCAUUUCUGGGCAAGAGGAAGGGGUAUAUGGAUGGAUUACAGCCAACUAUUUAAUGGGAAAUUUCCUGGAGAAGAACUUGUGGCACAUGUGGGUGCAUCCCCAUGGAGUGGAGACCACAGGGGCCCUCGAUUUAGGGGGAGCCUCCACCCAGAUAUCCUUCGCUGUGGACGAGAAGGCGGGGCUGAACACCAGCGACAUCGUGCAGGUGUCUCUCUACGGCUACGAGUACACUCUGUAUACACACAGCUUCCAGUGCUUUGGACGGAACGAGGCUGAGAAGAGGUUUCUAGCAUUGCUCCUUCAGGAUUCUCCCACCAAAACUAACGUCACCAACCCCUGUUACCCUCGGGGUUAUGUGACCACCUUCACUGAGGGCCACGUGUUUGACAGCCUGUGCACACAGGACCUGAAGCCGACAAGUUACAGCCCCAACGAGAUCAUCACAUUUAAAGGAACCGGGGACCCGUGGCUGUGUAGGGAAAAGGUGGCUUCCCUAUUUGUAUUUGAAAGCUGCCAUGACAGAGAUGCCUGUUCCUUUAAUGGAGUCUACCAGCCAAAAGUUGAAGGGCCAUUUGUGGCUUUCGCAGGCUUCUACUACACCGCCAAUGCUCUCAACCUCUCGGGGAGCUUCUCCUUACACACCUUCAACUCCAGCACCUGGAGCUUCUGCUUGCAGAAUUGGAGCAAGCUCCCGCUGCUGCUGGCCAAGUUUGAGGAGGAGUAUGCUCGCUCCUACUGCUUCUCCGCCCACUACAUCUACCACCUGCUCAUCGGCGGCUACCGGUUCACGGAGGAGACCUGGCCCCAAAUCCAUUUCAAGAAAGAAGUGGGGAACAGCAGCAUCGCGUGGUCACUUGGCUACAUGCUCAACCUGACCAACCAGAUCCCUGCCGAGAGUCCCCUGAUCCGCCUGCCCGUGCAGCCGCCCGUCUUUGUGGGCAUCCUCGCCUCCUUUGCCACGCUGGCCUUGCUGUGCCUGGCCUUCCUGGUGUAUCUGUGUGCCGCAUCCAGGCUACAGAAGUCCUCCCAGCAUUCCUUCGACCACGCCGUGGAUUCUGACUGA